UUCCUAUAAUUUUAUCUAAUACAAUACCUAGUGAAAAUUUAACUAUAUAUAAAAAAGCAUUAGAUCAUUUAGAUUUUAUUGCACAAAGAUUAGGUUAUUCUGAUGACGCAUCUUGUGAUCCUGAUGUUCUAAACAACUUUAUUAAAAAAGAAUUGUAUAACAGAUUAGUCUAUUCAAAUUUUAAUAUACAAUCAAAAAAAUUGUGCACCACAAAAAAGUCUACAAAAACUAGGAAGAAAACUGUUGCAAGAUACUGUUUAAUAUGUGGAAACGCUGACCAAAGCCAAUCAGAAGAUAAUGAAAGUGAUCAAGAAGAAAGUGACCAAGAAGAAAGUGACCAAGAAGAAAAUAGCGAGAUUGAACUUCAAGAAACAAAUU